GCGAACGCGCCGGGAGCGUCCUCAGAGUCGGGAGCGCGCCCCGUGGAUGACAACAAGUUCGUCGCGCGGCAGCGGUGGCGGUGUCUGCCUUACCCCCUGCCGCCCCACCUUGCGCUAUCUUGCACCCUCUCUCUGUGCCGACUAGGACCCCCUCGGACACACCCGGUCUCGGGCGACUGGGACCCUUCUGCACCUUGACCCGGACAGGCCUCGCGCGAGCGGCAAGGCAUGGGCAAUGGGGUCGCCCUGAGGGACGGCUGCCGCUGAGCGGGCAUGGAGGGGACGCCCCAGGUUUAGGUGCCGCCGCGGCCUGGGGGAAUUUGUCUGGGACCCAAGGCUCAGCUGCCGAGGCCUGGAGCUGAGGCCUCAGCCCUGAGGCCGGAGCCAGUGCUGCCGUUCGCAGCUGCAGCCAGCCCAGCUGCUAGCGCUCACCAUGCCGUGGCCGUUUUCGGAGUCUAUAAAGAAGAGGGCCUGUCGGUACCUCCUGCAGAGGUACUUGGGCCACUUCCUUCAGGAGAAGCUGAGCCUGGAGCAGCUCAGCCUGGACCUUUACCAGGGCACUGGGUCCCUCGCCCAGGUCCCCUUGGACAAAUGGUGUCUCAAUGAAAUCCUGGAGUCAGCAGAUGCACCUUUAGAAGUCACUGAAGGAUUCAUUCAGUCAAUUUCUCUGUCAGUUCCAUGGGGCUCUUUGCUACAGGAUAAUUGUGCACUGGAAGUGAGAGGGUUAGAAAUGGUCUUUCGACCUAGACCUCGACUAGCAACUGGUUCUGAGCCCAUGUACUGGUCAAGUUUUAUGACUAGCAGCAUGCAACUGGCAAAAGAAUGUCUUAGCCAGAAACUCACAGAUGAACAAGGAGAAGCAUCCCAGCCUUUUGAAGGACUUGAGAAAUUUGCAGAAACCAUUGAAACAGUACUAAGAAGAGUAAAAGUCACUUUUAUAGACACUGUUUUGAGAAUUGAACAUGUGCCAGAAAAUUCCAAAACUGGAACUGCACUUGAAAUUCGAAUAGAAAGAACUGUAUAUUGUGAUGAAGCUGCUGAUGAAUCCUCAGGAAUUAAUGUACAUCAGCCCACAGCUUUUGCUCACAAGUUACUUCAGCUCUCUGGAGUGUCUCUUUUCUGGGAUGAGUUUUCUGCAUCAGCAAAAUCUUCUCCAGUGUGUUCAACUGCACCAGUGGAAACUGAGCCAAAGCUGUCACCUAGCUGGAAUCCCAAAAUUAUUUAUGAGCCACACCCACAACUAACCAGAAAUUUACCAGAGAUUGCACCCUCUGACCCAGUGCAGAUUGGAGCGUUAAUUGGUAGGUUGGAGUUGAGUCUCACGUUGAAACAAAAUGAAGUACUUCCUGGAGCUAAGUUGGAUGUUGAUGGACAGAUAGACUCUAUUCAUCUAUUCCUGUCACCAAGACAGGUACACUUGCUUUUGGAUAUGUUGGCAGCUAUUGCUGGACCAGAAAAUUCUAGCAAAAUAGGGUUAGUUAAUAAAGAUAGGAAAAAUCGACCCAUGCAGCAGGAAGAUGAGUAUCGAAUUCAGAUGGAAUUAAACCGGUAUUAUUUGAGAAAAGAUUCUCUCUCUGUGGGUGUAUCUUCAGAACAAAGCUUUUAUGAGACAGAUACGGCCCGUACACCUUCUAGUCGUGAAGAAGAAGUUUUCUUCUCCAUGGCUGAUAUGGACAUGUCCCAUAGUCUCUCUUCUCUUCCACCCCUGGGGGAUCCCCCAAACAUGGACCUUGAGCUAUCACUAACUAGUACAUAUACAAAUACCCCAGCAGGAUCUCCAUUAAGUGCUACUGUGCUUCAGCCAACUUGGGGAGAUUUCCUUGAUCCUCAUAAAGAUCAACCAGUAAGAGGGUCAGCAUUUCCAUCUAACUUAGUUCACCCAGCAACUUUACAGAAGACAGCUCUCCCAUCUAGGUCCGUUUCAGUGGAUGAAUCCAGGCCUGAACUUAUUUUUAGACUAGCUGUGGGAAGCUUUUCGGUAUCUGUGCUUCACAUUGAUCCUUUAUCUCCACCUGAAACGUCACUGAACCUUAAUCCAUUGACACCUAUGGCGAUAACUUUCUUUACUUGCAUAGAAAAGAUUGAUCCAGCAAGAUUUUCAACAGAAGAUUUUAAAUCUUUCCGAGCAGUAUUUGCAGAGGCUUGCUCACAUGAUCACCUUAGAUUUAUAGGCACUGGCAUCAAAGUAUCCUAUGAACAAAGGCAAAGACCAGCUUCCCGAUACUUUAGUACAGAUAUGUCCAUUGGGCAAAUGGAGUUUUUGGAGUGCCUAUUUCCAACUGAUUUUCAAUCUGUUCCUCCUCAUUAUACAGAGCUUUUAACGUUCCUUUCCAAAGAAGGAACUGAUUCUCAUCCCCCUGUGUGUCUUCAGCUUCAUUAUAAGCAUUCUGAGAAUAGAGGACCCCAGGGCACUCAAGCAAGACUUAGUUCAGUUCCUCAGAAGGCAGAAUUACAAAUUAAAUUAAGUCCAGUAUGUUGUGAACUGGAUAUAAGUAUUGUGGACAGGUUAAAUUCUUUGCUUCAACCACAGAAACUUACCACAGUAGAGAUGAUGGCAUCCCACAUGUAUACUUCAUAUAAUAAGCAUAUUAGUCUGCACAAGGCUUUCACUGAAGUAUUUCUAGAUGAUUCACAUAAUCCUGCAAAUUGUCGAAUAUCAGUACAAGUUGCCACACCAGCAUUAAACCUUUCUGUUCGCUUCCCGAUACCCGAUCUUCGAUCCGAUCAAGAAAGAGGACCGUGGUUUAAGAAGUCACUUCAGAAGGAGAUCCUUCAUUUGGCAUUCACUGAUCUAGAAUUUAAGACUGAAUUUAUAGGAGGAUCAACUCCAGAGCAAAUUAAAUUGGAACUUACAUUUAGAGAACUAGUUGGGUCAUUCCAGGAAGAUAAAGGAGAGCCAUCUAUUAAGUUCUUCCAUGUGUCUAGUGGAGUAGAUGGAGAUACAACAUCAUCAGAUGACUUCGACUGGCCACGAAUUGUACUAAAAAUAAACCCACCAGCCAUGCAUUCCAUUUUGGAAAGAAUAGCAGCUGAGGAAGAAGAGAACAAUGGUCACUACCAGGAAGAAGAGGAAGGAGGUGCUCAUUCUCUGAAAGAUGUUUGUGAUCUAAGAAGACCAGCCCCAUCUCCUUUUUCUUCUCGUAGAGUAAUGUUUGAAAAUGAACAGAUGGUGAUGCCAGGAGACCCUGUAGAAAUGACAGAGUUUCAGGAUAAAGCAAUCAGUAAUUCUCACUACGUGCUGGAACUUAUGCUACCAAAUGUUCAUAUAACACUACCUAAUAAGAACUUUUAUGAGAAGCUUUAUAAUAGGAUCUUUAAUGACUUGCUACUGUGGGAGCCAACAGCUCCUUCACCAGUGGAGACAUUAGAAAAUAUUUCCUAUGGUAUUGGGCUUUCAGUAGCCAGUCAACUGAUUAAUACCUUCAACAAAGAUAGUUUUAGUCCAUUUAAAUCUACAGUGCACUAUGAUGAGGAGAGUGGAUCUGAGGAGGAAACUUUGCAGUAUUUUUCUACUGUUGAUCCCAACUAUCGUUCCCGUAGGAAAAAAAAACUAGAUUCUCAGAAUAAGAAUGCACAGAGUUUUCUCUCAGUUCUGCUGAGUAUUAAUCACGGGUUAAUGGCAUUGUACACAGAUGUGAAGCAAGAUAAUGGAGAUAUAUUGGAAAACAAACAUGGUGAAUUCUGGCUAGAGUUCAGUAGUGGUUCAUUAUUUUGCGUGACAAAAUAUGAAGGUUUUGAUGACAAGCACUACAUAUGCCUUCAUUCUAGCAGUUUCAGUCUAUAUCACAAAGGCAUAGUGGAUGGAGUGAUUCUUCCUACAGAAGCACGACUGCCCAGUUCAACCCGCCCACAUUGGUUGGAACCUACUAUUUAUUCCUCUGAAGAAGAUGGCCUCAGUAGAGUUUCAUCAGAUGGUGUUGGUGGAGACAGUUUGAAUAUGCUCUCUGUUGCAGUUAAAAUAUUGUCUGAUAAAUCAGAGUCCAAUACAAAGGAGUUUCUCAUUGCUGUAGGACUGAAGGGUGCCACUUUACAGCAUAGAAUGCUUCCUUCUGGGCUUAGCUGGCAUGAACAGAUUUUAUACUUCUUAAAUAUUGCUGAUGAACCUGUUUUGGGUUAUAAUCCUCCAACUUCAUUUACAACUUUUCAUGUUCAUCUUUGGAGCUGUGCCCUUGAUUAUAGGCCCCUUUAUUUGCCAAUCCGAUCUCUUCUUACUGUUGAAACGUUCAGCGUUUCUAGUAAUGUAGCCUUGGAUAAAUCUUCUUCUACUCUCAGAAUAAUCAUGGAUGAAGCUGCUUUACAUUUGUCUGACAAAUGUAACACUGUCACUGUAAAUUUAAAUAGAGAUUAUGUUCGUGUGAUGGAUAUGGGGCUUUUGGAAUUAACCAUAACUGCAGUGAAGUCUGAUUCUGAUGGAGAACAAACUGAGCCCCGCUUUGAGUUACAUUGUUCCAGUGAUAUUGUCCAUAUCAGAACAUGCUCUGACUCUUGUGCUGCACUAAUGAAUCUCAUUCAGUACAUUGCAAGCUAUGGUGACCUGCAUGGAUCUAACAAGGCAGAAAUGAAGCCUGGAGCCCCUCAAAGAAAGUCAAAGGUAGAUUCCAGUGGUCGACCAUCCUCACGUGGUCCAGUUCUUCCUGAAGCAGAUCAACAGAUUUUGCGAGAUCUGAUGAGUGAUGCUAUGGAGGAAGUCGACAUGCAGCAAGCCACUUCGACUGUGAAAACACAGGCUAUUGGUGUUUUGGAUGAGAAAUCUGAAAUUCAGGAGCCAUGUUGUUCAGACCUCUUCCUAUUUCCGGAUGAGAGUGGGAAUGCCCAGGAGCCUGGCCCCGCUCACCAUGCAGUCAUUCACCACUUGAUUAGUGAUGCAACUACAGUGCCCACUGAAAAUGAUGACUUUUGCAUUCUUUUUGCACCAAAAGCAACCAUCCAGGAGAAGGAAGAAGAACCAGUUAUAAAAAUCAUGGUUGACGAUACAAUUGUGAUAAGAGACAAUUAUUUUAGUCUGCCCAUUAAGAAGACGGAUACGAGCAAAGCCCCGUUACACUUUCCCAUUCCUGUAAUUCGAUAUGUUGUUAAGGAAGUCUCUCUUGUUUGGCAUCUUUAUGGAGGAAAGGAUUUUGGAACAGUCCCUCCUACUUCUCCAGCUAAAAGUUAUAUUAGUACCCACAGUUCACCUUCUCACACACCCACAAGACAUGGACGUAAUAUGGUAUGUGGGGGAAAAGGAAGGAACCAUGACUUUUUAAUGGAAAUACAAUUAAGCAAGGUAAAGUUUCAGCAUGAAGUCUACCCGCCAUGCAAACCAGAAUUUGAUUCCAGCCUCUUGGAACACCCAGUCUCCCGGCAGGUGUUCAUUGUUCAGGAUCUGGAAAUUCGAGAUCGUCUGGCAACAUCACAAAUGAAUAAAUUUUUGUACCUGUACUGCAGUAAAGAAAUGCCUCGAAAAGCUCAUUCCAACAUGUUGACAGUGAAAGCCUUGCACGUGCGUCCAGAGUCUGGCAGGUCACCACAGGAGUGCUGCUUGAGAGUCUCACUGAUGCCGCUCCGCCUCAAUAUUGACCAGGAUGCUUUGUUCUUCUUGAAGGAUUUCUUCACAAGUCUUUCUACAGAAGUAGAACUUCUAACAACUCCAGAUCCAGAAGUUAAAAAGUCUCCUGGAGCUGAUGUCACCUGCAGUUUGCCAAGGCAUUUGAGUAUCUCAAAGGAGCCAAAUCUGGUUAUUUCUUUCCCUGGGCCAAAACAACCUUCCCAAAAUGAUAGUGCCAGUUCAGUGGAAGUCGUUAAUGGGGUAGGGGAGAAGGACUUCUCUGCUGAAGAAGCAUCAUUUAGUGAUCAACCUGUGUUUUUUAGAGAAUUUAGAUUCACAUCCGAAGUUCCUAUUCGACUUGAUUAUCAUGGCAAACACGUAUCAAUGGAUCAGGGUACAUUAGCUGGGAUUUUGAUUGGUCUGGCUCAGUUAAACUGCUCUGAACUCAAGCUGAAGAGGCUUUUCUAUCGGCAUGGUUUGUUAGGUGUUGACAAAUUGUUCUCAUAUGCAAUCACCGAAUGGCUUAAUGACAUUAAGAAGAAUCAGCUACCAGGCAUAUUGGGAGGUGUUGGGCCUAUGCAUUCACUAGUACAAUUAGUGCAAGGCCUAAAGGACUUGGUCUGGUUACCAAUAGAGCAGUACCGGAAGGAUGGCCGCAUUGUCAGAGGAUUUCAGAGAGGUGCUGCUUCCUUUGGUACCUCGACAGCAAUGGCUGCGCUGGAACUCACAAACAGAAUGGUUCAAACAAUACAGGCAGCAGCAGAGACUGCUUAUGACAUGGUUUCUCCCGGUACCCUUUCUAUCGAGCCCAAGAAGACCAAAAGAUUUCCUCAUCACCGGCUAGCCCACCAGCCAGUAGACCUGAGGGAAGGUGUGGCCAAGGCCUACAGUGUUGUGAAAGAGGGAAUCACAGACACGGCUCAGACCAUCUAUGAAACAGCAGCUCGUGAACAUGAGAGCAGAGGGGUCACUGGUGCUGUGGGUGAAGUUCUGCGCCAGAUUCCUCCAGCAGUGGUGAAACCUCUAAUUGUUGCCACGGAAGCAACAUCAAAUGUGUUAGGUGGCAUGAGAAACCAAAUUAGACCAGAUGUCCGACAAGAUGAAUCACAGAAAUGGCGCCAUGGGGAAGACUGAUGUCUCAAACAAGACGAUGAAGAUGAUCAGAGUAUGAUCAGCGGAUAGGGAGAAUAGUGUCUCAUUGUAGCUUUAGAGGAAACUCAUGUAAUUUUAUUGUGCUCAUCUCAGGAACAAAAGCGUUUUUAGUUAAAUAAUUUAAUGUCAAAACAACAUGCAACCAAAAACUUCUGACAUUUUAGGGCUAGUUUGGUACUUGCCUGUAGAAAUGUUUGGUGGCUAGUGUCAAAGGUCCUUAUAGCAUUUCCUGCCAAGUUAAUGGAAUGCUCACUUUUAUUAAGAUGACUAUACUUCUUCUUGUUACAUAUGUCAUUGGAAGCCUCCUGUUAACACUAUUUGUGUAGCUCUAUAGAGUUGAUUUUUCUCAAGGUUUAAAAAGAAUUACAGCUUCAAAACUUUCAUUCAGAAUGAGAGACAAAGCCACAGGGAAGAAAAACAAAUAGGAUUUUCAAUUUAAAUAUCAUUGUGGAGAAAAUAACCUCCUGCACUUGAGAACAGCAUUAUUUCCAUACUCAGAAAAUCCUUCUGUGAGGAUUUGAGAAAGUGAAUGUCACAGACAUGUUCUGUUGUGUUGCACUUUAUCCCAUAUAUAUAUAUAUGUGUGUGUGUGUGUGUAUGUUUAGGUUAACACGAGUCAUGUGUUAUAAUCUUUAUGUAAUUUACAGUUAUACAAAAUAUAAAGAGGAGUAAACUCAUCUGAAAGUUUUUGGCAAAAGAAAGUAACCUAAAUGUAAUAGCUUCUUUAUUUUAAGUGUAAGUGAAAAUGUGCAUUCUCUAGUUAACUGGGGCCCUUAUAAUCAUUUGUAUGUUCAAUUUUAAGCAAGAAUAGUGCGAGCUUGUCAGAAAUGUGGAAGGGGACAUUGCAAGUGUUUUUUACCUCUUCUGAAAUUAAAUAAAAAUUCUCUAAAUAUGCCCUAUUCAACUAUUUUGACGUACCAUUUUUACUUGGUUAACAGUGUACAUUUUGGAUAACCUGUGAGGAAUGAAUAAAGUAUUUUUAUUUAAAGGUAAAAUUGUUUUAUGCUUCCAUGAAUAUUUUGCUUUCCUUAGAGCAUAGUCAUAGGUAUAAUAUUAUAAUACAUCCGCAGAUAUUUGAGAAUUCUUUGUCAAAAUUGAUUUAGGUUAAUAUCAAGUAAAUAAUCAGUCAUUCCUAACCCCUGACUUUAGAUUAAUCUAGCAGGAAGGAAAUGUUGAACUUUGUAUUUAUCCACUGUACAAAGGUGCAUGGUAUGAUUUUUCAUUUUCUUUUUUUUUUUUUUUGUUUUGUAGAGACAGAGUCUCACUUUAUGGCCCCCGGUAGAGUGCCGUGGCCUCACACAGCUCACAGCAAUCUCCAACUCCUGGGCUUAAAUGAUUCUCUUGCCUCAGCCUCCCGAGUAGCUGGGACUACAGGCACCCGCCCGGCUAUUUUUUGGUUGCAGUUUGGCCGGGGCCAGGUUUGAACCCGCCACCCUCGGUAUAUGGGGCCGGCGCCUUACCUACUGAGCCACAGGCGCCUCCCGACUUUUCAUUUUCUAAUGGUGAAUUUCAUAAAGGUGAAUUUGGAUUUCAGAACUGCAUUUCAGUUUGGGGUUUGGAAAAUGAAGUUAAAUCAAUUUCAUUCUUAGAAUUUUCUAAGCAAGUAAGCAAUGUAAACAAAAACCCCAACCAUGGGUUUAUGAGAUUUUAUGGAAGUGGAGUUAUAUAGCUUUUAAUUUUUGUUUUCUUUCCUUUUUACUACUGAAAAACUUAGUAAGAUCAUGCUUAGAGCAACCGCCUGUUUAAGUAUCAUGUUACUUUGUUACUUGGGUCCUAUUAAAUGGAGUUCACAUAGAGGUGGUCCUGACUAAACACUAACAGGUAAUAACACUGUCGUCAUGAAGGUUCCUCCUGCUUCUGGGGCAUAGUCUGACUACCCUGUUCAUUGACUCCUGUAUUCUCCUUUUGUUUUUACAAUGAAAUAUGCUGUGUGUGUUACUUGUUUAUGAUUAAUCAAACUGAAAAACACUUUAUCAAACUUAAAAAUCUCAACUCUCUUUUAAAUGUGCCUUUGAUACUUAAGUUCAAUUAUCUGUGGUAUAUAGAGAGUAAUUAUCUUCUUCUUUGUCAUAAUGGAGUUGUGAAUGGAUGGACCCAUUUGUUAAAACAAAUUAAGUUUAUAAAUCUCAUUUAACAUACAUCUUUAUAAUGUGAUCUCCAUGGUUCUUUCUCUGCUCUGCCUUCCUAUCCCUGCUGUUGGAUGGAGUCAUCACUUGGAAACAGAAACUUUGUGUCUCAAAAAGAUUUAUUCUCAAGGGUCUAUUCAGCCAAGAUACUCUUUACUUUAGAUGAUUGUGAGAACUUAUCUAUAUUUGAGCAUUUCUACAUUAUUAAAUAUCCUUAAUUUUUUUUUUUUUUUCAGUGUCUUUCCAAACAUUUUUGUUGCAAUAGCACAGUAAAAAGAGUGUUGGGAGGAAUCGUUGGGUUGCCAGAUCUGUGACUCAUGACUUGGCCAAGACACCUAAGUUCUUUCUCUAAGCCUCAGUGACCCUCUGGACUUCUUACAGCAAAGCUCAGUGGGGACUUUCUGAUGUUAGGCCGUGGGUAUAUGAAGAUGGUGGAAUGUGAUACAGUGCUCUGUAGAGUGCCCCAGACCUGUGAUGCCUCAGAUGGGUGGGAUUGUUGACUGAGAGCAGCCAGGGGCUACUUUAGAUCUGGGAUCUCUUAAAGUCACAUUUCUGUUCUGCCACAGUGACUGCGUGGUUGGAUUUUGAUGACUGGAGUAGACUGGGCAAGUCCCCUUGUUGCUACAUUGAGUCCACAUAGUUCAUCUCCCCUAGGGGUCCAGUAAGCAAGCUUGAUCGAGAUCUGCCAAUGAGUUUCAGAAUCCCAAAGGGUUAUCAACAUGUGGAAAUCACUUUACAUCACAAAUAAAUAGGUAGCCUGGCCAUAGUGAUGUCUUCCUCUUGAAUAGGGCUGAUUUGGAACCUCUAGUUUUCCCUCCUGUCUUCCCCUAGACUGCUGAACAUUGCCUAGUAGGAUAGAUAGAUGUUCCUUCUAGACACCAUAGCAAUAGACUUCUGUUUGGGUACAAUUUGUAUUCUCACUUAAGCAUGAAUAUUUGACAUCAAUAUUUUUAUAAGGUAAAAUUCACUUUAAGAAAAACAAUUUUUCCAAGUAGCAGGGCGCCUAGGAAGGCAAAAUCCUGAAAAAAGUGUUCCCUGUUUCCUGUCCACGUGUUGCUUUUCAAAGCCAUAGAAAAUCUUUUAAGAGAAUUACUUUUUAAUCAUCUCCCUUAAGAACUGUAUUCUGUAGGUUUAGGGCCUUUGUUCAGUUUCAAAAAGUCCAAACAGCUGUGUCUGCUCACACAGAGGUUGCCUGACCCCAGAUAUCUUGCAGUUUGGGUCCUGUGCACCGUGUAGACCCUCACCAGAGGGGAGAAAGAACAGAGAGGCGGAGUUGAAUUUUAAAGCAGUGAUUUUAAAUGAGGAAUCCAUAACUCCCCUAAACAGCUUCAGGAUUAACUUAAUUGUCUUAACAUUAAUUUAAAUUUUAUAUAGGUAAAAAGCUGUGUGACUUGGCUUAAGAGAAAUCACUCAAAUUUGCUUUGCUUCAGUGUUCUUGGCUAAUAAGAACCUAACGCAAGGAUAAUUCCUCAGAAUAGUGGGGAUGUAUGGGACUCUGAGCUGCUCUCCCCUGGGUCCUCUCCCUUCCUCCGGCCCUACUGAAGACAUCAGACAAAAUGUCUAUCAAGUUAUUUAAGUUCCUUGAAAGGAACUGUGCAAACACAAAGUAAUAUUCUUUUGUAUCUGCAGAUGCAUCAACUGGACAUACCAGUUGGUAUCAGAAUAAAUCAAAUAUAAAUUUUUGAGUCUUACGUUAAAAAGGAAAGUUAAAUAUAUAGUGUAUAGAUAAUGAUGGAAAUUUCUCUUUCCUUAUCAGGAAAUCAUAUUUUUGUUUACUGGAAGAUAUAGUCACUUUUUUCAUAUAAGAAUAAUAGUGCUUUCAUGCCAACUUAUUUUUAUCUCAACAUUUUCAGGAUCAUUCUAGGCACCUUGCUUCCUUUAAUAGACCUUACAUGCACAGUUGCAAAUCAGCCAGUUUUGAAGUAUUUUCUUUUCAUCACAGCAACUGCAAGUGAGAGGUAGAAAAAGCAUUCCAACACACUGCCAUUAACAUGAUAGGCUUUUCUGAGGAUGAGAAAUUUAAGUUUUUUUUUUUUCAGUUUUUGGCCGGGGCUGGGCUUGAACCCACUACCUCCGGCAUAUGGGGUCAGCGCCCAACCCUUUGAGCCACAGGCACUGCCUGAGAAAUUUAAGUUUCAAUAAUUUACAUUUUGAAAUGUCAGCAGUGUUUGUAAAGUAGGUGUUAGAGGUGUAUGUUGGCCUCCUCAGCUAUUGUUGGCCCUUGCCUUCAAGCAUGUUUCACAGUAAACAACAGAGUGCUGUGUGCUGUCUUUCAAGAGAUUAUAAAUGAUAGCUGGCUCAAGGAUGUCUCUCACUUCCUGGGUGGUUGAAAUAGCAGCCCCUCCCUUUAAAAAAAUUGUUUACUUCACUGUUUCACAUGUAUUUUGUAUAUAUGAAAGGGCAGCUUCCAAUUUCUAGUUCAAUGUCCUGCAUUGUUUGUAUAACUUGCUGGUCACACAGGACUAUUUGCUUUUUCACUGAGAAAUUUGAUAGGGGUGUCUAGUUCGCCUUUAUGUUGAUUCAUCCUGACUUAGUUUAGAUAAUCAAAUUUAUCUCACUGCAAAUAAAAGAGCAUAUAUGUAUACAUUGACUGUUUUCUAAUUUUCCUAAUUAUGGCAAUUAUGGAUGUGAAUAGUUUAAGAAUACUGAUGCUGUACAGGUAUUUUUGUGGAAAUGUAACUUGUUAGUGACUAAAAUAUGAAAUUAAGAGUACUCUUGAAGAAAAUUAAAAUAUUUACUCUUUGAAUUUUGCCUUAAACCCUACUGUUUUUCACCAAGAACUGUUCCCACUGCCUGUAUGAAAUACUUUCUUGGGGUGGGGGUCGGGGGGUAGGUAUGUGUAAGACCCUGUUAAUGGGAAAUAAUGUUCUUUGUACUUCUGAUGACAACUCUUGGGUCUGUCUACUUCCAUUUUCUGAGAUAUACAAUGUCUGUAAUAUUAAAAUCUGCUACUCCCCUUUUGGGUAUUAAUCACACUGUUAUCUGUACAAUGCACUUGUGACAGAUACAUUUCAAAUAC